AAUGACUAUUUCCACGACAUUCUUCUUCUAUCGAAAAUAAUCGCAACAAUAUCUGAGAAAUCAGAAGUUGAUGGAGACAGUAUCACUAGAGUAGACUCUAGAACCAACACAAAAAUGGGGAGCAUAACCACCACGACCACCAUUGUGGCCGCCGCCACCGCCACCGCCACCACCCCCCCGCCUUCCCUACUACCGAAACCAAAACCACGUUUUCUCACUCCUUCCAAUUUCAAAUUCCAACCCUUCCCUCUAUCCAUUUCCUUAAAACACCACACCCAACUCCCCAUCCCCAAAUCCAUCCCCUCUGCCGCCGGCGCCGCCGUCUCCCCCCUCAACCUCAAGUCCCGCCUACGCAAUGGCGAAACCCUUUACGGUCUCUUCCUCCUCUCCUUCUCCCCCACCCUCGCCGAGAUCGCCUCCCUCGCCGGCUACGACUUCGUUGUCGUCGACAUGGAACACGGCCCCGGCGGCAUCCGCGACGCUCUCCCUUGCCUCCACGCGCUCGCUGCCGCUGACACCGCUGCCAUCAUCCGCGUCCCGGAGUCCACCGCGGCGUGGGCCAAGAAAGCCCUCGACCUCGGUCCACAGGGCAUAAUGUUCCCCAUGAUCGACACCGCCCAAUUGGCCCACCAAGCUGUCUCCUUUUGCCGCUUCCCCCCCGCCGGUUGCCGCGGCGCCGCCCAUCCCAUCGUCCGAGCCUCGAAAUACGGUUUCGACGAUGGGUACAUCGGUAAUUACCUGGACGAACUUCUGAUCAUGUGCCAGGUGGAGUCCAAGGAGGGAGUGGCGAACGCAGGCGAGAUCGCGGCCGUUGACGGCGUGGACUGCGUGCAAAUGGGGCCGUUGGAUCUGAGCGCUAGUUUGGGGUACUUGUGGGACCCGGGGAACAAGAGGGUGAGGGAGGCGUUGAGGGAGGCCGAGAGAAAGGUGUUGGAGAGCCGAAAGGACGACGUCGAGAGCGGAGCUUAUCUUGCGGGCUUCGCCACGGCGUUUGACGGGGCGAGGGAUAUGAGGUCACGUGGGUAUCACAUUGUGAGUGGCGCCGUGGAUAUCGGGUUGUUUCGCAGCGCCGCGGCGGAGGAUGUGAUUGCUUUCAAGACGAGUGUAUCGGAGAGUGAGGAGGAAGAGGAGAAAGAUGUUGAUGAGAAGUACUGGAGUGAAUGAAUGACAGAACAAGAGAUCUUUCCAUUUUUUGUAAAUUUAGUUCACGUAUUAUGUGUUUUUGACCUUUCAAAGGAAAAGGACUCGUUGAUUUCAUGUUUUUCAUUGUUUUUUCAAAUGAAGAGUUUUGGUAUUUUGGCUUCUUCA